ACGUUUUAGUCUUGAGAUUCUUAAAUUAUGUUACAGUUAUUGGUUACGAAUCCUCCAGCUUCUUUUCAUAACAGUCAUUUGUUACACAAUAUACACUUUUGUGGCAUCCAUGGAGGCCAUAAAUUCACUGCACUGUUUCAACUUCAAUCCCUCACUUCCUCGACUACUUCUCACUAAAAAUCCACAAAAAAAUUAUGCAGCCAAUUUCAGCCUGCUCAAUGUUGCCGAAACCUCACCUGAAAAUUCAGUUUCAGAUUCUCUUGAGCCUUUAUCUUCUAAUUCCUUGUCAACUCCUUCUUUAUAUAAUGACUUUAAUGAACAUAAAUCCCUUGAUUCUGUCAAAGAAAGCCAUGCCCGGAUGAUAAAAGUAUCCAAGAAAUGGAAUUCAGUUGAAAAUGUGCAGUCUUUGAUUAUGUCUUACUUGGAAUUUGGUGAUUUUCGAUCUGUUACUAUGAUUUUCUUUGUGGGUUUUGCACAAAACUAUUUGUAUUGGAAUUCUUUUGUUGCAAAUUAUAAGAAUUUUGGUGGAGACCCUAGUGAAAUUCUUGAAGUUUUUGCUCAGUUGCAUAAUAAAGGUGUGAGAUUUGGAAGUGAAGUUCUGACAAUUGCUCUAAAACUUUGUGCAAAUUUAGAGGAUAUAUGUUUAGGCCGGGAAGUUCAUGCUUGUUUGAUCAAAAGGGGAUUUGAUUUGGAAGUGUACCCUAAAUGUGGAUUGAUGAACUUUUAUGGGAAAUUUUUAGGUUCAGAUAGUGCUACUAAGGUGUUUGAUGAAAGUUCAGAACACAACUUGUUGUUGUGGAAUGAAGCUGUUUUGGUACAUAUGAGGAACGAUAGAUGGUUGCAGGCUCUACAUGCAUUUCGCGAUAUGCAAUUUUCAUCUGUAAAGGCUAAUAGCCUAGUGAUUGCUAAGGUUCUAGAAGCUUGUCAAAAACUGGGAGAUCUUGAAGCGGGAAAACAGAUACAUGGGUAUGUUAUUCGAAAUUCAGUUGAAUCAGAUAUUUUGAUAUGCAACUCUUUGAUUAGUAUGUACUCGAAGAACGAUAAUCUUGAACUUGCUCGAGCUGUAUUUGAUCUAAUGGGAAAUCGCAACUUAUCGUCAUGGAACUCAAUCAUCUCGAGUUAUACUGCCGCUGCCUGUAUAGAUUAUGCGUUGGAGCUAUUUCAUGAAAUGGAAACUUCCAAUGUGAAGCCAGACAUUGUAACCUGGAACUGUCUUUUGUCGGGACAUUUUUAUCGUGGAUCACAUCGAGAGGUACUGAACAUCCUGAAAAAAAUGCAAGUUUCAGGUUACAAGCCAAAUUCAAGGUCCAUAACCACUGUUCUUCAAGCAGUAAGUGAAUUACGUUCCCAGAAUUUUGGGAAGGAAAUCCAUUGCUACGUUAUAAGAAACAGGCUCGACUAUGACUUGCAUGUAGGAACUUCUUUGCUGGACAUGUAUGUGAAGAAUGAUGACUUAACGAGUGCUCAAGAUUUUUUUGAUGGUAUGAAGAAUAGAAAUAUUUUUGCUUGGAAUUCUUUGAUUUCAGGAUAUUCAUUCAAAGGAAAUUUUGAAAGAGCUGUGAGCCUUCUGAAUCAAAUGCGGGAAGCAGGAAUUAAACCUGAUAUAGUGACAUAUAACAGCAUGAUUUCUGGUUAUUCAAUGGCAGGAUGUAUCAAGGAAGCUUUAGUGAUGAUUCGUGAUAUCAAAACAUUAGGCUUGAAUCCAAAUGUUGUUUCAUGGACAGCUCUAAUAUCAGGUUGUUCACAAAAAGGAUACCAUAAAGAUGCACUUGAGUUUUGUAUCCAAAUGCAACAUGAAAGCAUUAAGCCAAACUCAACGACUAUUCUGAGCUUACUUCAGGCUUGUACAGGCCUUUCUUCGUUACAGAAAGGAAGAGAAAUACACAGUUUUAGUAUCAAAACUGGUUAUGUAGAAGAAGAAUUUGUAAAGACAGCUAUCAUUGACAUGUAUAGCAAGUGUGGCAGUUUGAUGAAUGCGUAUAAUGUUUUUCAGAAAGUCGAGAGCAAGACAUUAGCUUCUUGGAAUCCCAUGAUAAUGGGAUUGGCAAUUUUUGGCCGCGGUAAGGAGGCGAUUUCACUUUUUCAAAAAAUGCAAGAAGAGAAAAUCCAGCCUGACGAUAUAACCUUUACAGCUCUUCUCUCUAGCUGCAAACAUUCUGGUUUGAUUAAUGAAGGCUGGAAAUAUUUUGACAGUAUCAAGAGUGAUUAUGGAAUAGUCCCCAAAAUCGAGCACUACUCGUGUAUGGUUGAUCUGCUUGGACGAGCGGGAUAUCUUGACGAGGCAUGGGAUUUCAUUGAGACGAUGCCUAUAGAGCCAGACAAUACAAUCUGGGGCACUCUUCUUGGAUCAUGUCAAAUCCAUUAUAAUCUCGAGCUUGGAGAGUUAUCAGCGAAUAAACUUUUUGAGCUAGAACCACACAAUCCCGUUAACUAUAUCUUGAUGAUGAACAUCUAUGCAGCUUCAAACAGAUGGGAUGAUGUGGACCGAAUCAAAGACUUGAUGGAUGGUAGGGGAGUCAGAAUUGGGCAUGUUUGGAGCCAGCUACAAAUUAAUCAGACGGUUCAUGUCUUCUCUGCAGUGGGGAAACCCCAUCCAGAUGAAGGAGAUAUUUACUUCGAAUUGUAUCAGAUAAUUUCAGAGAUGAAGUAUUUGGGAUAUGUACCAGAUACUAACUGUGUUCAUCAGAAAAUCAAUGAGGUGGAGAAGCAGAAGGUACUGCUUGCUCACACUGAAAAACUUGCGAUUACGUAUGGAUUGAUCAAGUUGAAAAACAAAGCACCAAUUAGGGUGAUCAAGAACACCAGAAUAUGUUCAGACUGUCAUACAGUGGCAAAAUACAUGUCGUUGUUGAGAAAGCAUCAAAUCAUCCUUAAAGAUGGCGUCCGCUUUCACCAUUUCAGGGAAGGGAAGUGUUCCUGCAAUGAUUUCUGGUAGUAUAAAUGCUCUUUUCACAUAGUAGUAAGUAAGAUCAAAAGCACUUCACAGUAUUUAGGGUAGGAAAAAAGUUGAAAUCUUGUCAAUUGUAUUGUCAAGUCCUAUCUUAUUACUCCGUGCAGAAAUGUCAUCAGCAAUCAGUUCUCAUUGAA